UUUGACGGUCACACUGCGCGGGACACGUAUUUAUUUAAGAUGUUUUUUAAUUAAAAAUUAAAUUGUGAUUAAACCAGGUAGUGCAGGCCGCGAAAAAGUAGUGCAGCAAGUGGGUCAUCAUGUUUGCCAAUCUGAAGAACAAGCUAAUCGAAGAGGUGAAAGCGUCACCGUCCAAAUUCCAACAAUUUGCGACUGCUGCACAGGCGGCCGUGAGCUCAUCGACGGGCACAACACCCAACAGCUCGGACACCAACACCAGCAGCGGCACCAAUGAGAACUUUUUCAGCAUCACGGAGGAGGAUACGCCUCAGAACUCGCCGUACCGCAUACAAAAGCUGCCAACGACGAGCGCUUCUUCGCUGAGGGGACGCUCGUCCACACAAUCCCUGAAUGGAUUGGGCGGCGGUGCCAUACCGAGGAGCCGCAAGCUGUCCAACUCAUCCUUGGCCAGCGAUGUGUCCUUCCGCCUGCCCUCCUACGAUGCUCCAGCCGUCUAUCACUUGCAAUCGGAUCUGGAUGAGACGAGCAGCGAGUUUGAUGACUCAGCCUCGACGGCUCGCCUGGAUGUGAUCACCAAGGAUCAGCUGUACGAUGCGUACAAGAAGUCCCUCGAUCGGUACCACAAGUAUCGCUGCCGCUACACGGAUCUGGCCAAAAAGUACAAGGAACUGGAGCGUGACAGCACCAAGGCAAGGUCGGUGCUGGUGGAGACACAAGACAAAGCGCUGCGUAGGAUCAGCGAACUGCGUGAGCAAUGCACACUGGAACAGCAGGCCAAGGCGCAUCUGGAGGAGGCGUUGCGGAUCGAAAUGGAUGAUAUGAGCUGCAAGAUGCAGGCUUACCAGACCAAGCUCAAGUUGCUCGGCGAGAAUCCGGAGAACGUUUCGGCUGCCCUCGAGCGGGUCAGUCAAGGUCUGGACAGCGACAAGCUGAUCGAUUUGGAAGAAUCGACAGUCAGGUCCCAGCCCCCAGCGAAUGGCAGUUCGACUGAGGACUUUUCCCAUCUGCAGCAGUUGCUCGAGGAGCGGCAAGUGCAGCUCCAGGAGAUAACGGAGAAAUACGAAGCUCUGCGAAAACAGGAGGAGGAGAAUGUCUUGCUCUUGGCCCAGACCAAACAGGCCAUUCACACGGAGCUGGAGCACAAGGACAUCGAGGUGGGGCAGCUGCAGGAGAAGCUGAAGCAAUACGACUCCCAGCGCGAGUCUCAGACCAGUGACGUCAAAGAUCAGAUGAAGAAGCUGCUGGAGGCAAAGCAGGAAGCUGAAGCAAAACUCAUUGCCACAGAGCAUCUUUUGAGCUCCCUCAAAGGCGACCAUUCCGCCAAGGAGCAACAGGUGUUGGCCCUCGAGAAGCAGCUGGCGUCUUUCAAAGCGGAAAACGAAACAAAACUACACGAAUUGCGACAGCAGAGCGAACAACUAGGAUCUGAGCAACUUGAGAAACUACAGGUGGCCAAAGAAACUGCGGAAACUAAACUGUUGUCUACGGAGGAGCUGUUGAAUACCCUAAAGAUGCAACACUCGGCAAAGGAGGAACAGGUGGUCGCAUUGGAGAAGCAACUGGAAGAAUUCAAAGCAGAAAGUGAAUCCAAAUUGAAUGAAUUACGGCAGCAGAGCGAGGAGCGUGACUCUGAACAACUGAAGAAGCUACAAGUGGCCAAGGAAAAGGCAGAAGCUCAGCUUUUGUCCAAGGAGGAGCUAUUGAAGUCCUUGACGAUGCAACACACGGCAAAGAAGGAGCAAGUGGAGACCCUCGAAAAGCAACUGGAAACUCUCAAAGCAGAAACCGAUCAGACCCUGAAAAAUCUGCGACAGGAGAACAAGGAUCGUGAGUCCGAAAGCAACGCUGCUAAGGCACAGCUACAGGAACUACAAUUGUCCAGAGCGGAAGCAGAGGCUAACCUCUUAAGCACCGAACAGCUUUUGGUCUCGCUGCGGGCCGAAUUAUCAGCCAAAAACGAGCACGCGGCGACAUUGGAGAAGGAAGUGCACGCGCUCAGAACAGACAGUGAGCAGAGCUUGCAGGACCUGCGCCAGCAUAACGAUCAGUUGCUCGAAAUUGUUCAGCGCUCUCAGCAGAAUGACUUUGAGGGUCAACUGCAGCAGACAAGGGACAAUGUGGCUGCGCUUGAAGGGCAGCUGGUGGAGCGCGAACGGCAAACACUGGAGCUCGAAAAGAGCUUGGAGAUCGAGCGUGAGUCUGUGGCCGCACUGAGCAGCGAAAAGACAUCCCUCGAAGAGCAGCACAAGCUACGAAUGGAGCAGCUGCAACGAGAAAUCCAAAUGCUUCAGGAUCAGCAUGCCAGCACAGAGAGUGAAACGAUUGCCGCACUGAAAGCGCAGCUUGAAACGCUCAACCAGGAGCUGGCCGGCAGUCGGGCGAGUUUCCUGGCUAAGGAAAAGGAACUGAAGGCCUCUGGCAAUAAGAUGAACAAACUGAAGAAGCAGCACGAGCAACAGCAGGCCAAGACAAGCGAGCAAACAGCCCGCGUAGAGCAGCUCCAAAAAGAGAUGGCGCAGGCCCAGAGUCUCGCCAGGCAGGUGGAGAGCGAGAAGGAGGAACUGCAGACACGCGUUAGCUCCAUCCUGGAGGAAAUCACCAGCAUGCAGACGCACUUGCAACAAGUGCAGGACUCGCAUGGCCAACUGGAGGGCGAGAACCGCAAGUUGGAGUCCCGAAUCGAGGCUUUGCAGCGGGAGCAGCAGAGCAACAGUGUGCACGGCGAGCGCACCUCGGCCCAGAUGGAGGAAAUUCAGAGUGAAAACACCAAGCUGGCUGAGCGCAACUGUCUGUUGGAGGAGCAGACGAAUCACCUGGAAAAGCAGCUUGAACUUGAACAGAAGACGAAACAGGAGGAGCUUGCCAAGAUUCAGGCGAAGAUGCAGCAGGUGCUGGACGAACACUCGAAGCUGCAGAAUGCCCAAGAGCUAAUGGAUCACGACCACCGUACGCUGCAGGACAAGUGCGAUGCCUACGAGAAGGAGACGCUGCUGAACAAGGAUGCCGUGGAGUGCCUUCAGGCGGCCAGCGAGGAACUGCAGCAGGUCAAGGCCAAUCUGGAGCGAGAUCUGGCCGAACAGCAGCAGCAUCUGUUGGAGCUGCGAGAGCGCCAACGCGAGCAAGAGCAGCAGGUGAAAGACCAGGCCGAACGCUGCUCCGAACUUGAGGCAAGCCACCAGGAGAGCGAGUCCCAGCUGCAGGGGACCAUACAGAACCUUCGCCAGCAGAUCGAUGCGUUCAGGGCGACAGAGCAGGGCGUUCAGGAGAAGAUGCAAGCAACCAGUUUGUCCCACGCCAACCAAAUGGAGACUCUCGAGGCACGCUGGAGUGCAGCCAAUGCGGAUGUUGAGCGGCUGCACGAGGCCAAUGACGCCCUGCAACUGGCGAUGGAUCAGCAGAGUCAGCGGCUGGAGGAGAUGCAGGAAAUCCUAGCCCAGAGAGAUCGGCAGCUGGAGCACACGGAGGAUUCCAGCAAAAAGCUGGCCAAAUAUGACGAGAUUCAAGUCGAAAACGAGUAUCUCCACACGCACACGAAGCAGCUGGAGCAGGAGUUGGCCGACAAUGCGGAGCUCAAGGAGAAACUUAAGUCCAUGCAGUGCGAGCUUUAUGUGCUCCAGGAGCAGGUCGAGCACCACGCCACUCAAGUGACCGAAAAGGAAGGUCAAAGUGCGACAGCCAAGGCGGAAGCAGACCAGCUGAGAACGGCGCUAGAGGAACAGGCACUCGAACUUACCCGCCAGCGGGAGCACGCCAGUUUCGUGACCGAACAGAGCGAUGCUGUCCAGACAGAGUUGCUUCAGGCACAGCAGCAACUGCAGGAGCGGCAAAGCGAGUUGGCCAAGGCACAGGAGGAACAAAUUAGUCUACAGGCGGCCAUUGCGCAACUCCACAAUGAGGUGGCCAGCCUCAAGGAGCAGCCUGUGGCUUCCGUUGCCACAGAUCCGGACAGUCUGCGCAGCCUCAACGAGCAGCUGCAGCGCGAAUUGGAGGGUCUGAAACACAAGAGCAACGGAGCCGAGUCGAAUAUGCAGCAGGAAAUCGAGGAACUGCAGGCGAACAACCAACAGAUGGCCGAGCGCAUCAAUGAACUGGAGACCCUGAGGGCGGGCAUUCAGGCUCAGCAACUUUUGAACAGCAUGGCCCCCAAGCACGUCCAGGAGGCUGCUGCCACCAGCGAGAAGGCCGUGCUGGAGUCCAAAUUGAAAGAGAUCAUGAACGAGGUUCAGGAUGUGACGAAUCGAAACCUGUUCCUUGAACAAAAGUGUGAAAAUUUCUUGAUACUCGAACAGUCCAACGAGCGUCUAAAGCUGCAGAAUGCGAAACUCUCGCGGCAACUGGAUGAAACACUGGUAUCCAUGCAGCACAGCAGCGAAAGCACAGUGCCGGCCAACACAGAGUUUGAGUAUUUGCGUAACAUUAUGUUCCAGUACUUAACCGGCAAUACGAACAACGAGACUCUGGUGAAGGUGAUAUCGGCGGUGCUGAAAUUCUCGCCACAGCAGUCGCAGGUGGCACUGGAGAAGGAGCAUCAGCGUCGAUCGUUGCUGAAUAAACUGAUCUAGCAUGAACUAAUGGCUCUCCACGACGGCGGCUGGUGGGAGCCAUGCCCAGCCACGCUUCUAGACUACAAAUUUAAUCAGAAUCAGAAUGGUUAGCCCAAGAUCACAACAAGUACCUUACACCUAAACGGAAAACUGGGCAGAACAGGCAUGAUAUAGGGCAAUGGAUUCUCCUCGACUCCAAGCAUUUCCGCGACACGCAUGAACCCUCCCUACCCCAAACAUACAAACUAAAUAUGUUACUAUCGAUGUUAUUAUUGUACAGUCCUCUCUGUUGAGCUCUAACUACUUGUGUCCACCCCCUCGCAUGCUAUGCACUAUUGUACAUUUCUAUUUGGGAUUACAUUUUCCCUCUCUCCUCUCUCUGUCUUUGUCUCUCUUCUGUCUCGCUACACAUCCCAUCCCGCUUAAGUGCAAUCGUAUUGCUGUAUUUUAGUUUAAGUUGAAAAUUGUAAGGAGCAACGAUUCAGCGACAAGGAUUCAUUGCAGUUGCAGUUGGCAUUUAGUUUAAUCCAAAAUCUAUACAUAAAAUAUAUAUUACAAUAUAAAUAAAUAGUUGC